UAAUGAAAGUUACGAUUGAUGGUAUCAUAGUUGCCAAAUGUAGAUUACCGAAAGAAAGUCUACGUAAAUCCUUUUUCGAUUUUAUUGUUAUUACUGACAUAAGAAUUUAAUUAUACACAAAUUUUCCUAUGGAUUGAAAAGUUUGUUGAAAUUCCAAGUGAUCCGAUUACGAGGCUAAUAUUGACGCGCAUAGAUAGUACGACAUAAAUGACAGUGAUGUAUAGAAAAUAAAUAUCUUGAUAAAAAUGACGUGGUGAAGAGAGCCUUAUCGUUUUACAAAACCAUCGAAGGAAUUGCAAGGAUGGAAGAAAGUACAAGCUCUGAAAAUGUUUGGUGCAAAACUAAAGCAGAAGAACAAAAUAGUUUAAAUGAUACAGAAUCUAUAACUUCGUCUAUGGAGGCCAAUGCCACUUCCUUAGCAGAUAUAUUUGAUACAGCAUUUACAUCUACAGUUGAUCCUUCUCCACAACCAAGAUUUAAUUCAGCUAAUGAGAUGGAAUAUGAUCACUUGUUUGCGGAAAGUGAUGUGGAAGAUUCUGAUGUAAUACCUAUCAAUCCAUAUCCAUCACAUCAUUCUACUUCAAACAGUAAUUUUGUUUUUGGUAGUUAUUUAACUGGGCCUGAAGCAACAGGGCAAAUUUUGCAUGAACAUGAUACUCUAAAACAUAAAAGUAAAAAGAAUGCAGAACAUAAAUCAUUAAAUGAUCAGCAGUCUGACAGUUUAGGUGUAGCUGGACCAUCUAGAUUGUCAGAUGGCAUUUCUAACAGCACAACCAGACCAACAUGCAAUGAUACAAAUGUUUUAAACAGACUUAUACUGAAUGAAUCAAAUAAGUUGUAUCAUUCAAUUUUGCCAAAUACAAUUAAUUCUCAGCAGCAUUCUACAUAUACAACAAGAAAUGAUGAUACACCAUCAGCACCAGAUCUACAAUUAGAUUGGUCUUCAAGUAGUGAUGAUGCCAGUAGUAGUGAUGAUAAAGAUGGAUCUGUUGAAGUUCUUGGAACAGUAAAUCACAAUAAUAAGCAAAAUUCUGUACAAAAUAACGAGGGAGGUAAUCGUCCAGUAACUGUAGUUGAUUUAACUGUGGAAUCAGAUGAAGAACAUACUCCGCCUGCUCCAGCAGCUUCGGUAGGAAGUCCGAGGACAACAGAUUAUGUAUAUAGUGGGAACAACUCUUGUUACAUGUAUGGUUCACCAGACUAUGUGUAUCGUGCCCGAUGUAUGGUUCCUCUGCAUACGAUGUAUAAUUAUAGAAUUCCAAUUUCCGUCAUACCUGGAGAAUAUGAGCAAGUUCGAGAUGCUUCUACGGGAAUACCGAGGGCACGUAUGCAGCCUGUACUAGAAAGAUUAUGGAGGAUGCAACAACGGGUUCAAGAAGUACGCAGGAGGUAUCUUUAUCCAAUAAUGCAAGUUCAUCACGCUCCACACGUGCAUCAAGUAGGCCAACAUACAUGCAAUAACGGAAAUACUAAUCCCCCGAAUAAUCGUUGCAACGGCGCGGAAAACAUGACGGUCGCAGCAAAUGAUAUUCCACCUCCAAUUUACCCACCACCUCUACAACCCAUUGUUGAUAGUCGCCCAGAAGCCAGAGGGCCAUCGAGUUAUAACCCAUCUUGUCCUGUGAUGGAAAAUCCCUUGAGUGCAGAAAUGGUACCACAACCACCAGUAGUGUUGCCUUCAAUGCCAGUUCAUCCUCUUGUACAUCAUCACCAUCAGUAUCGUACCCAUGAAGGAUCACAACAAAUGCACCACAUUUGUCUAGAUUUGAUACCCGAAUCGCUAGAUGCUCGGUUUCACCGUACCCGUCUGCGUCGCCGGGCGGCCGCGCGCCGUGCAGAACUUGCGCGCAGUGAAAGAUUUGCGCAUAUUUGUUGCGGAGCAACGAAGGAGUCAAUUGAAAGUCAUACAUUCCGUCAUAAGUACAAACGGGUUAAGAAAGUUGAAAAUGGUGAAGAUGCUAUUGAAAAGUGUACUAUAUGUUUAUCUGAAUUCGAAGACUGUGAAACUGUCAGGAGGCUUCCAUGUAUGCAUUUAUUUCACAUAGACUGUGUUGAUCAGUGGUUAUGUACUAAUAAACGCUGUCCUAUAUGUCGAGUGGAUAUCGAAUCUUUUCCACAGAGGGAGUUUACUAGCACUGACACAGUUUAA